GUACGCGCAGAGCAGGAAAGUAACCCGCGCGUCUCUCUACGUAUCUGUCUUUCUUCCUCGGUGUUCGAAAGAGUAGGUUGGGCCACGUGCAGCGAACAGUAAUCCUUUUUUUUGUUGAGCUUUAACAUUCUACACGUCCAAAAUCGUCCAAACCCAACACAACCAUGGUGAAAUUAGCUAAGGCAGCGAAGAAACAGGCUAACCCCAAGAAAAAGGCCCCACCACCUCCUAAAGAGGUGGAAGAGGAAUCCAGUGAAGAAGAAAGUGAGGAGGAGGAAGAGGCUCCACCAAAAGCAGUAGCAAAGAAGGCCGUCACACCAGCAAAGCCAGCACCGAAAGCAGCUAAGAAUGGGAAAGCAGCUAAAAAAGCUGAAAGUGAAGAGGACGAUGACUCUGAGGAAGAGUCUGAGGAGGAGGCACCCCCACCCAAAAAGACCCAAGCCAAAGCCACACCUGCAAAGAAAGCUCCAGCUAAGACAGAAGAGUCAGAUGAUGACGACGACGAUGAUGAUGAAGAAUCUGAGGAGGAGGCCCCACCCCCAAAGAAGGCUGCUGCCAAGCCCUCAGUGAAGGUCACUGCGGCCAAAGAGGAGUCUGACGAUGAUGAUGAUGAGGACUCUGAGGAAGAGGAGAUGGACACCACCCCGGCACCCGCAGCAAAGAAAGCAGGCAUGGUCAAGGCUAAGGAGGAGUCUGACGACGAUGAAGAUGAUGAUGACGAAGACGACGAUGAUGAGGAGGAAGAUGAUGACGAUGAUGAGGCCCCAGCGACUCCUGCAAAGAGGAAGGCCGACAACAAAAAGGAGACCCCGCCUGCCAAGAAGGCCAAGUCCGAAAGUGAUGAUACCUUCUGUCUAUUUAUCGGCAACCUGAACUCAAACAAGGACUUUGAUGAAAUCAAAGAGGCCUUGGCAGCUUUCUUCUCAAAGAAGAACCUUGAGGUUCAGGACGUCAGACUUGGCGCAUCAAAGAAGUUUGGCUACGUAGAAUUUGCCUCAGCGGAGGAUAUGCAGACAGCCAUGGAGCUGAACGGCAAGAAGUGCAUGGGACAGGAGUUGAAAAUGGACAAGGCCCGCAGCAAAGGGAACUCCCAGGAGGAGAAGAAAGAUAGGGACGCGCGGACCUUGUUUGUGAAAAACCUGCCCUUCUCGGCCACGGAAGACGACUUGAAGGAAGUGUUUGCGGAUGCUGUUGAAAUCAGGAUACCCCCAGGCCAGGACGGUUCCAAUAGAGGCAUUGCCUACAUUGCGUUCAAGACUGAGGCCAUGGCAGACAAGAUGCUAACAGAGGCCCAGGGUGCCGAUGUCCAGGGACGCUCGAUCAUGGUCGACUACACAGGCAUCAAGAGCCAGAAGGGAGGCAGACCACCAGCUCAGGCAGCGGCUGAAAGCAAGACCCUCAUCGUUAACAACCUGUCCUACAGUGCUACAGAAGACUCCCUUCAGAGUGCAUUCGAGGGGGCUGUUUCCAUCAGGGUACCACAGAACAACGGCAGGCCCAAAGGGUUUGCUUUUGUGGAGUUUGAGAGUGCAGAGGCAGCCAAGGAGGCGCUGGACAAUCUUAAUGGAACAGAGAUUGAGGGCAGGCAAAUCCGGCUAGAGUACAGCCAGAACAGUGGAGGCAGAGAUGCCGGAGGCAGAGGAGGAUCCGGAGGUCCCACAAAAACCCUGUUUGUCAGAGGGCUUUCUGGAGACACCACAGACCAGUCACUCAGAGACGCCUUCGACAGUGCCACUGGGGCCAGAGUGGUGACGGACCGUGACACGGGCAACUCUAAAUGCUUUGGAUUUGUCGACUUUGACAGCGAGAGCGACUGUAAGGCGGCCAAAGAGGCCAUGGAGGGUGGCGAAAUUGACGGCAGCAGCGUGAACCUGGACUACGCCAAGCCCAAGGGCGACAGCGGUGGAUUCCGUGGGGGUCGCGGAGGCUUCGGCGGCGGUGGACGGGGAGGUCGCGGUGGUGGUUUCGGCCGUGGUGGCGGCGGUGGUUUCGGCGGUGGCAGGGGAGGGCGUGGCGGUGGCUUCAGGGGAGGCAGAGGAGGUGACCGCGGGGGUGGACGUGGUGGAUUCAGAGGUGGAAGAGGCGGUGGAUUCGGGGACAAGCCCCAGGGCAAGAAGAUCAAAUUUGAUGAUUAAAAUCCCUGUCUAUUUUACUGUUUUGAAAAGACUCUGUUUUCAUCACCGUACCCAUACGCUGGCAGAGCCUUUUGGACAUUCCAGAAAGCUUCAUUGAUAUAUAACUGUAAUGGGCUCUCUAGCGCCCCCCGCACCAACCUUUUCACCCUCUCAGCUUGAGAGCUGCCUGUCAGUUUUGAAUUGUCCUUCCUGCAUCAUCCACAUGAGUUUUUUUGUUUUUUUCCAAAAGAGUUAAUGGAAUGUCUGGCAACCCCGUUUGCUGUGAAAAAGCCCUGUUUGUUCAGGUACAUAUUGUACAUUCAACAAUUUGUAUUUCAUUUUACCUUUUUUGUAAGAAAGUCCUGUAUCCUUUAAUAUCCUUGUUUUGUUCUAGUUUGCUCUAGGUGAGACUGUAUAACGGUAAAAAUGUGCAAGGCAUAUUGUAAUGGAUGGAAGAUUAAAUCGGCCCAUGUCUGUUGGGCGUUUAGAAUCUCGUAAAUCGGUGUUUUGUCAUGUUUUGGGUGGGGUACAGUCAAUGUCUUUAGAAGUCAAGAGGUACUAGAGGCCUCGAAUAACGUUAUACAAAAAAAAAUGUAUCAUAUGAUAUUUGUAGUGCAUUGACUAAAUCUUGCUGUUUGAAAAUGUAAAGGUUUUCACAAGUGUGAUAAUUGAAUAAACCGAAGUGGAGAUUUUUUUUUUUUAAA